AUGGAGGAAGAGGUUAUUGUGGAAGAACAACAUGGUUAUGUUGUUGAAGAUGGUGACACAGUGGAAGUAGAAGACGUCCUAAUGGAUGACGAAGAGGAAGAGGGGAAUGUUGAGGAAGAAAAUGUAGAGAGGGGUGAGGAACAACCUUAUGUUCAUGAGGAAGAGGAAGAGGAAGAGGAAGAGGAAGAGCAAGAGCAAGAAGGUAAUGUGGUUGAGGGCGAAGUGUUGGAAAAUGUGGACGAUAGUAAAGAGGAAAGAAUGGCAAAUGAUGAUGAUGGGUUUGGGAUGGAGAAUGAGAGGGUGGAGGAAGAGAUAAGAAAUAUCAAUCCUAUUUUGGAUAGGGGGAGUAGAAUGAAAAAGAGGAAGAAAACUGUUAGGAGAAGAAUCCAAGAUAGUGAGGGGUCAUUUAUGAUUAACGAAGAAGUUGGAGAGCAUGGGAUAAAUGAAGAUUACAAUACAGAUGAGUUGUCUUCAAAUGUAGAUAAUGAUGAGCCUGUGAGUGAGAAUAAGAGGCAGUUUCCAAAGUAUAGAGCAGAUGAUAUGACCAAGAGCUUCAAAUUUAAAUUGGAGAUGGAGUUUAAGUCUUUGAAAGAUUUUAAAAGUGCGCUAUAG